AUGAAAGGAAUAGUAUUAAAGAAGAGGAGGAGGAGGAGGAGNGAGGAGGAGGAGGAGGAGGGAGAAUGUGGAUUUUGUUUAUUCAUGAAAGGGGGCGGCUGUAAAGACACUUUUAUAGAAUGGGAGAAGUGUAUUGAGGAGGGUGAGAAGAAUAAAGAGGACAUUGUGGAGAAGUGUUUUCAGGCGACUGCUGCUUUGAAGAAGUGUAUGGAAGCUCAUGACGAUUACUAUGCCCCGAUUUUGCAGGCGGAGAAGGCGGCUGAGGAGGAGGCUGCAAAGGAAUUGGAGAAAGAGGGAUUGAGUAGCAAGGAAGGCGGUGGGGAAGAAUCCGGGUUGCAAAAAAAGGAGGAAACUUUUGAGAGGGCUGAGAAAAAGGAAGGAUCUUGA